UGCAGAUUGCUUUCUCAGUGGUUUUUUGGAUCCUCAGGUAACUCGUUGUUGUUACUUUGGCGUCUCAUUACUGUCAAAACUAUGCUGAACCAAACAUACCCAGGCUCAGCCAGCUUGUUUCAAGAUAUCGGAAAGAAGAUGAUGAUCUGUUUACGCGGAGGCCGUAUUUAUAUGGGAUUCUUGAGGAUUAUCGACCAGUUCGGUAACAUUGUGAUUCACAAAGCUUUCGAGCGCAUUAUCGUGAAGAACAAGUUUGCUGAUGUGCCUCAAGGCAUAUUGAUGAUUCGCGGUGAGAAUAUAACCAUCAUCGGCGAGUUGAAAGAGGAGUUCAAUAUGGAUGACAAGUUGGAGCGCGUUUCCGCUGAGGAGAUCUACACAUUACAAGCGGAACAAGCCGCGAUCCGUAAGGAGCACGUGAGGAAACGUGCACAACUUUUUUCUGAGCGUGGUCUCAAGCUGCCUGAGCUAUCAGAUUUGCUACUACUCGAUGACAGUUAGACGAACAGCGUCCUUCGAGUGUAUGCUUACAAAUUUGGCGUCGCUGUUUAUGGAAUCCGGCGCAUAAACCUCUAUCACAUUACUUGUUUGGUGUCCAUUAUCGACCCCUGUCGGUAAUCUCCGAUUUGCAAACUAUGAAUGUGAUGGCAUUGUCCUUCGGCGCACUGCUGAACACUUCCAUUUACGCGUUUCGUGCAAAGGUCUUCGUAAAAUGUCUCGGAUAAAGAAUCGUUUCCACUUGUACUUGCAUUGUCGACAGCGCUCUUGCGUCCGACCAGCUUUUAUAGUUAACAGUUGACUUUCCUUAUCUCACUUUAUAUUUCUCCCUAGAUGUCUGCUUUUUAUCAUCCACUGUACUACUUCUCUCUCAUUAUUAUCAGUUGUUAUGACUACUGCGUCAUGAUAGCCGGAGCCAUUGUAUUUAUGUUCUCGAAUCACAGACGAUUGAAUUUGAUGGAAAAAGAAACCAUACAUUGUGUUCGGCUUAGCUAA